AACAGAAGACAGCCAUAUAAGAUUAGCCAAAUCCUCCCCAAACCUGAAGCACACGCUACAAUUACACAAUACAAUCGGGUCUAUUCCCCGAUCCGCUCAUUGGGCAUAAAUAUAUUUUCUCAACCAGUGAUUUCUAUAAACAGCCAAAAGAACCUUGCCUCUUACCAAUGGAGAAAGGAAAAGCUUCUAGCCUAUUCGUGAAUGAUGGUUCAUUUAUGGAGAGGUUCAAACAACUUCAACAAGAGAAGGAAAAGGGCCCACCUUUAUCAGGGUCCCCAAAACCUAACCCUGUGAUUAGUAAUAACAAGUCCUCUUCAUCUGGCAAACUUGCAUUUAGCCUUAAACAGAAAUCAAAACUUGUGGCACCUGCUGUUAAGUUAAGUGAAGAUGAGGAAGAUGAUGAGAGUAAUGGAGUAGUAGGUGAUUUACCAUUAAAAAGGCAAAAGUUGGAGCAGCCUUAUGUCUCUGACCAAUCAUUAAAACAAGUUUAUGUUGCACCAAGUGAUCCCACAAUAAAGAAGGUUGCAGAUAAACUAGCAAGUUUUGUGGCCAAAAAUGGAAGGCAGUUUGAGCAUAUUACACGCCAAAAGAAUCCCGGAGAUACCCCUUUCAAGUUUCUUUUUGAUGAAAGCUGUGCUGAUUACAAGUACUAUGAAUAUCGGCUUAUUGAGGAGGAAAAAGCUCUGACCUAUUCCAUGGAUUCUCAAACAUCACAGACUGGAGCUGGAAAGAGUAAUGCAGUGAAUAAUAGUUCUCAAAGAUCACAUCAACAACCACCAAAUUAUCAGAUUCCUGCUUCAGCUUUAUACGAGGCUACUGACAAUGAACACAUAUCAUCAAGUGAAAGGGUUAAUUAUGGUGAAUCUAGUGCCCCAUCAGGUUCAGAUCCAAUAGCAAUGAUGGAGUUUUAUAUGAAGAAGGCUGCACAAGAAGAAAAGAGGAGACAACCAAAACACUCUAAAGAUGAGAUGCCACCUCCUGCUUCUCUACAAGGUGGUGGGAAAAGAGGUCAUCAUAUGGGUGAUUAUAUACCACAGGAAGAGCUUGAUAAAUUCAUGGCCUCUUGUAACGAUGUUGCUGCACAAAAAGCAGCCAAGGAGGCUGCUGAGAGAGCAAAAAUUCAGGCUGAUAAUGUCGGCCAUAGACUCUUGUCCAAAAUGGGCUGGAAAGAAGGUGAAGGGCUGGGGAGUUCUAGAAGCGGCAUAGCAGAUCCAAUCAUGGCUGGUAAUGUGAAGAAAGAUAAUUUGGGUGUUGGGGCUUCUCAACCAGGGGAAGUCACACCUGAUGAUGAUAUCUAUGAGCAGUACAAAAAACGUAUGAUGCUUGGUUAUCGCCAUAGACCAAAUCCUCUUGGCAACCCCCGGAAAGCAUAUUACUGAUGGACACAAAGGACCUCAAAAAAUUUGAGGGUUUAUUUUCAAUAUGUAAUGUGGAUAAAGAAAAGAAGAAUCGAUAUUCAUAAAAUUUAUAUUUCUUGCUUAUUCUGUUGUGUUUCAACUGCUGUUAUUACUCGAUUUAUGUGUGAAUUUCAUUUUCAAUGAUAUGUACUUUUGCAAA